AUGUCGUUACGCCAGGCGAUAUUUGUGUCCCUCAUCGGUGUAGCUUUGUCGGCCACGACAACAUCUCCGACACCGACCAGCGUAAUGGGCUCGACAACUCCGAUAUCUUCCGCUCCUUCGUUUCAACUUUCUGCAGCCUCCUCGACCCUACCCAUAACCCUGGCUGCAUCGACAAAACAAAACCAUAAAUCGAGCACGUCGUCAACUCGCUCGCCAAUAUUAACAGCUCUACCAUCAAGUACCACUGCAACUUCUGCACCGACUUCAGCCCCGACAUCAUCAACCUCCCCAUUACCGCCGAGCACUGUGACCAUUACCGUGGGCGAGUCUGGCCUCACCUUUACGCCAAACACAGUAUCGGCCGCCGUCGGCGACCUUCUCGUCUUCUCCUUCUAUCCACGCAACCACAGCGUGGCCCUCGGCUCUUGGGACAAGGCCUGCGCGCCCGCUCCGAAUGGCUUCUUCUCGGGCUUCAUCCCAGUCGCCGACGAGGAGAGUGGCCUUGCCACGUUUCGCGUUACUGUCCACACGUCCGAGCCGUUCGUCUUUUACUGCACGGCCAGCCGGCACUGCCAGGACGGUAUGUACGGAGUCGUCAACCCGGCCACGACUUACAACAGCAGCGAGACCAGCCACCACAACCUGAUCACCUACGCUACUAUGGCCAGAAAUGCGUCGCACAAUACAUCCCCUCCGGCCGUUAUGGGUGGCACGUUGGCGUUCAACGGCACGACCGUCAACGGAACGACCGACGGGACCAUCUGCGGCGGCAACAGUGCCAAUAUUACGUCGGCCAGCACCUGGUGCUUUCCGUUUAUCCCCGACAUUAGCAGCAGUGCUGCGGCUUUGGAGCGUUCUUUGUGGGUGGCAGUAACAGUGGCUUUGGCCGUGUGCUUCCUGUAG